AGAUGCAAGCUGUGAUAUUUGUCGGCUUGGUGGCUCUUCUGGCUAUAUAGCAUAUGUGACAGCACAGACCGCUGCCGCUGAGGAAGACGAUAGUGGUAGUAGCUCCGGAAGUGGUGAUGGUCAACAGGAUCAGGUGGACACUUCGCCAAUCCCUUGGUGCGGGUUUAGAUGGCCUGGCAUUGGACCAGCUCUAAUUCGUCCACGUCCCACCAAGGCAAUAAACAACACGUCAUCGAAAAAUACGUUUGUAAAACUUUCCAGUCAAACAAUUGUUCAAAUACAAAUUUGCGUAAAACCCGAUUUUGGUAACAGUCCCCCCAGUCUCAUUCUGGCAAAAUUCUCGAGGGUUUUCCUAUAAAGAGCCGGUGGCCAAGUAACAGUGGAAAGCAGUUUUGAUUCAGCUUCUUAACUCAAAUUCCAAAAUGCGUGCUCUGAUGGUUUUUGCUCUAUUGGCCUUCCUGGCCGUAAGCUUUGUGGCUGCCCGUCCAGCUGAGGACGAGGAAGCAGCUGAUCUUGCUAACGACGCCCAGGAGGAGGAGGAUGAGCCCGUCGAUGACGAGGAUACAGAUACAGUGAGCAAUGGAGAAGUUGAAGAAGACAGCCAGGACAGUGAUGAUGAAGAGCCCAGUGCAGACGAUGCCGAAGACGAAGAGAGUACCGGAGAUGAUGAUGAGAGGGACGACGACGACAACGAAGAGGGCCCUACAGUUUCGGCUCCCAACAAAAAAAGUACUCCAUUUUGGCCCAGGUUCGGAGGUCAUGGUCCAGUUUUAAUCCACGCCAGACCUCGCUUCCUCAGCGUUGCUUAAAUUGUGUAUUCGAUCAAUGCACAACGAUAUCUUUCACUGAAAGAGUUCUCUGAAUAAAACGUUUUGUUCCUAAAGUAAAAUUA